AUGACCCUGAGCUCGGAGAUGUCCGAGGCGUCGGCGCUGGCUGAGGAGACCGACAUCGAUGUGGUGGGCGAGGAGGACGACGAGGAGGACGACGAGGAGCCGCAGACCCGCCGUCGCCGCCGCUCCUACGCCGAGGACGAGGAGGAGGAGGAGGAGGAAGAGGACGAGGAGGAUGUGGGCGACCUCCACGACGCCGCCCUGCUGCCGCGAUCGUCCGUGCGCGGCGGAGGUGGCGGCGGCGGCGGCGGCGGGGCGGGCGGCGGGGACGGUGCCGGCGGCUCUCGGCCCCCCUCGCGGGGUGGCCCCCAGAAGGCGACGGCGAGCGGCGGCGGGGCGGGCGGCGGGGACGGUGCCGGCGGCUCUCGGCCCCCCUCGCGGGGUGGCCCCCAGAAGGCGACGGCGAGCGGCGGCGGGGCGGGCGGCGGCGGUGGGGCGGGCGGCGGCGGUAAGAACAGCUUGGUGAAGCCGCCCUACUCCUACAUCGCCCUCAUCACCAUGGCCAUCCUGCAGAGCCCCAAGAAGAGGCUGACGCUGAGUGAGAUCUGCGAGUUCAUCAGCGGGCGCUUCCCCUACUACCGAGAGAAGUUCCCCGCCUGGCAGAACAGCAUCCGCCACAACCUCUCCCUCAACGACUGCUUCGUCAAGAUUCCCCGGGAGCCCGGCAAUCCUGGCAAGGGCAACUACUGGACGCUGGACCCCGAAUCUGCCGACAUGUUCGACAACGGGAGCUUCCUGCGCCGCCGAAAGCGCUUCAAGCGGCAGCAGCUCCCGGCUCCUGAGCUUCUGCUGCGCGCCGUGGACCCCGCCGCCUUCCUCCCGCAGCCCCCGCCGCAGCCUCCGCAGCAGCCACCCUGCACCUACGGACCCUACGGCUGCGGCUACGGUCUCCAGCUCCAGCCCUACCACCCCCACUCCACUCUCUUCGCCUUCCACCACCCCUCCCCGCCGCCCCGCCAACCGCCCACCGCCCCUGGCAGCGCCCCCGGUGCGGCGCUGCCCCCCGCCGCCGCCGCGCCGCCGGGCCCCUUGCUGCCGGCGGCGGAGCUGGCACGGACGCCCUUCGGCUACGCGCACCCGCUGGGCACGGCGCUGGCGGCCUCGCUGCACUCUGCCAAGCCCGGCAGCGGCGCGGCGCUGGCCCGCUCGCCGUUCUCCAUCGAGAGCAUCAUCGGGGGGGGGCCCGGCCCCGGCGCGGGCAGCAGCUGCGCCUCGCAGUCGGCCGCGGCGCCGGGGCUGGCCCGCUCGCUGGGGAGCGCCGGGGGCGGUGUGCCCCCCGCCGCCGCCCUGCCCGCCGCCCCCGGCUUCGCGGCACGGAUCUCUAACUGUUAA